AUGGCGGCGGAACCUUUACCCUUUUGGAAGUCCCUCGUGGCUGGUGGGGCCGCUGGUGUGGUAGAGAUUGCCAUGAUGUACCCGACAGACGUGGCCAAGACACGGGCACAACUGAACACUGCUCGCAACACGUCCAUGUGGAGCACUCUGGCCCAGAUUGCCCGCACUGAUGGUCCCACUGGCCUGUACCGUGGUGUGCUCAGCCCCAUCGUGGCCGAAGCCCCCAAACGAGCCACCAAGUUUGCAGCCAACGAUUUCUUCAAACCCCUGCUCACUCUUGAGGAUGGUUCCCUUCCUGGCCACCGUGCUGGCAUGGCUGGCGCCUUGGCGGGAUCCGUCGAAGCCUUUGUCAAUUGCCCCUUUGAGACGGUCAAGGUCCGCAUGCAAGCCAAGGAGAGUCGUCAAAUGUAUCAGUCGACCAUGGACUGCUCACGACAGCUUUUGGCCAAGGAGGGCGUGGCUGGCCUGUAUCGUGGCAUUGAACCCAUGGUUUUGCGCAAUGCCGGCUGGAACGGCACUUACUUUGCUUGCAUUGGUCUGGUUCGCAACCUCAUUUCCAAGGGCGAGAAUACCAAUAGCAAACUCCAGCGUUUUGUAUCUGGCGUGAUUGGCGGUACCCUGGGAGUGCUAGUGGCAACGCCCUUUGAUGUGGUCAAGUCGCGCAUGCAGAACCAGCAAAUGGCUAGUGCUGGAGCCGUAGCCACGCAGUACCGCUACGCCAUCCCCAGUUUAGUAUCGAUUCUACGCACUGAGGGCCUUGCCGCCAUUUACAAGGGCUUGGGACCGCGCAUGGUGCGCCUGGGUCCCGGCGGAGGCAUUAUGAUUGUGGCAUACGAUGCCGUGGCCAGCUGGUUGCGAUGUGAGCGCAACGGACAAUCGGUGGCGGUUCCACUAGAGCCCAAACUGCUCGAGCGCUUCGUGUCUGUGGGCGCGAGCGAGCUCAACGGGCGACAAGAGACGCCGGCGGCUGCAACAGACACCGAGGGUUGCAUUGCCUUCUUCGAUGCACUGCCCAGCAGCUUUGAGGCCUACUACGACACCAUGCGUGCCAUGCAGAUUGAUGGCCAAACCCUGUUGGAGACAGAGCUGGACGACCUCUUCACGCAGCUCAGCAUUACUUCCCUCGGUCACAAGCACCUCAUUCGAAAGCAUCUCGGCCCGUUGCAACAGCGUCACCGCGAGACUCCUCCCAUCCAGGCCCCAGCGUCCACCGACAGUCACCCAAACGCCGAUAACUCAUCUGCAUCACUUGCCUCCAAGCCAGCAUCCGAACCUGACAAAGGCGACGACGAAACAUCAUUAUCCAAUGCAGCCCCAAUCGCCGUAGAACCUAAUCCAACCUCGACGCACUCGCACCAAGAUCCGGGUGUUGCAGAAAUUGCCGCAAACGUAAACGAUAAUACAAGUGGCCGAGAGCGCCAAAACACAGCGGCAGACGUUGGUUUGCGACGAACGCGCGGCACCUCCAUGCUACCCGAUGCUGCAGCCGAUCUCGUUGCUGGACGGCGCCAAUCAGGCAUGCCGGUUGCACCACGAAAGACAAUGUCUCGGAGCGAGUUUGAUCAGAUGCUGGAUUCCAACUUGCGCAGCACCGUGGUGGCUGCUGAACCCGAGGCUUCACCCGAAGGAGCAACCGAUACUGCACCCGGUGACACUGGGGUGCAAGCUUUGAUGCUCUCUCGCCGCCCACUUCAUGACAUGGCGAGCUUGGUGCAGACGGCUCCGGAGACGAGUCAGUGGUAUAUUCUGGCGGACGGCUUCUUGGACCGGGUGCGCCCUGGUUUGAUGCGCAAGCCACGCUAUGAUUAUUUUAUGCUUCGCAUUGCUCCAGGCGCCAUGGGGUUGCGCUUGGAGCGGUUUGAGGGUCAAAGCUUUGCCGAAGCCUUGACGUUGACGGGUUUGUCCAAAGUCAAGCCCACGCGCAAGAACAAUGAAUUUGAGGUUGAGGUCAAGGGUGAUGCGGGGGCCUUGCAUCCCGUCGUCUUGGCUACCCAACAUGAUCACAAGGCUGCGCAAGCUUGGGUGGUAGCUCUUCAACGAGGGACCAUGGCCGUUGCUAGCUUGGACCUUAGCCUGGUGGAUGAGGUGGGUCGCUUAAAUGCGUCCAAAGAUAUCACCGCCUCCAAUCUGCCCGCCAGCCCAAGCGGGGAAGGCGCAGCGCCACCAAGUGCAGGCACUGUAGCCACGCCCGCUUCAGGCGAUGAAACUGGUGGAGAUCGAUACGGAGCUCCCGACCUGGCUGAGCUGACACGGCCCGCGACCCUGAAAGACGAUGCCUCGGCAGCUCGGCAAAAGAAUGCCCUCAUGAACACCACAUACAUGGCCAACGUUCGCUCCAAGUUUCACUUUCUUGAUGAUGUUGAGUAGCAGGCGCCGUCUUAGACAUGAGGAGCAAGUGCCUCUUCAUCACGAUUGGCUUGCAGGUGGCGACAUGUGCGCUCUUGAAAAUUUUAUCAUUAUUC